AUGGCGACGCCGUUAACUAAGGCAGAGCUGCUUGCGAAGCAGAAUCGAGCGAUUGCAAACAUCAGAGUACCAUCCAAGCAGAUAACAAAACUCGAGAAGGUCACGUACGAAGUGGAUCAGUACAUUUCCACUCGCAGAGGGCAGAUCUUUACUCUAUCGGUUGUAGGAUUAGUAUUGAUCGUGCUUGGUGGGAUACUUCUCAAGACAGUGCAACCAUCGAGAGAGUUUGGAGAGACUGUGUGGGAUUCCUGGACAUACAUGGCAGACACAGGCUCUCAUACGUCCCUAGCCCAGGAUGGUCUUCGAAUUGUUGGGGUCCUGACGACGCUAGUGGGUAUUCUCUACUUCUCCGUGGUCAUGGGUUUCGUCGUUGAUGGAAUUCGGGAUAAAUUGGAUACACUGAAGAAAGGCAAGUCCAUCGUUGCUGAGGAGAAGCACACCCUUCUUCUCGGCUGGACAGAGAAGUCGGUGUCUUUGAUUCGACAGAUCUGUCUUGCGAACGCAAGUGAACGCGGCGGUGUCAUUGUUGUGCUCGCUGAAAGGGAUAAGGAAGAGUUAGAAGCCGAGCUCGAGUCUCAGAUACGGAAAGAAGAGCUGCGAGGAACCCGCAUUAUCUUUCGCACGGGAACACCGCUACUAUCGGUUGAUCUACUGAAAGUUUCUGCACACCGAGCCAAGAGUAUUAUCAUCAUGGCAAACUCUACAGGUGAUGCCGACCGAUCUGACGCGGCGGUGCUUCGUACUGUUCUCAGUCUAAAGACUCUUCCUGAGCUGACAGGUCAUAUCGUAGCCGAGUUACGCGACAUUGACAAUGAUCCGUUGGUUCGACUUGUUGGAGGCAAAGAAGUUGAGAUCCUCGUAUCACACGACAUCAUCGGUCGGCUGGUGCUCAUGUCUGCUCGAUCUCCUGGACUCGCUCGGGUUUAUUCCUCUCUACUUGGCUUUGAAGGCAACGAGUUCUACUUUAAAGAGUGGCCCGAAUGCAUCGGCGUACCGUUUGGUGGUCUCACCGAGCGUUUCCCUAACGCGAUACCGAUUGGAAUCAAACGUAAGAAUGGUGAGGUAUUCAUCUGUCCGAAUUCAGAUUUAAUUUUAGAAAAAGGCGACCAGAUUUUGGUUCUAGCAGAAGAUGACGACACGUACAAGGCAUGUCCUCCAGUCUCGAUUGAGGUGGGAAAAGUGCCACCACAACCCGUAAAAUUACCUGCGAAAGAGCGUAUUUUAAUGUGUGGCUGGCGUCGAGACGUGCGAGAUAUGAUCCAGUUACUUGACGCAGUUGUGGAGCCUGGCACUGAAUUGCACAUUAUCUGCGAAGAACCAAUUCAUUUACGUAACAAACUGCUACUUGAAGGAGGGUUGACAGUGGAAAAUUUGAAGAACAUCAAGCUUGUUCAUUAUGUGGGGAACACCGCUAUCCGCCGACAACUGGAGAAGCUUCCGUGGCACUCGUUCACAUCGAUCAUGAUUCUAUCGGACCAAUCUCGAGAAUUGGAUAUCAUGCACUCAGAUUCGCAUUCUUUGGCUUCUUUACUCCUCAUCCGUGACUUACAAGCGCGUAGUUCCAGUCGGAAUAGUGUCAUCCAGGGCGCUCCUGGUUACUGCAAGUGCAUCAGCGAAAUCCUGGACCCUCGAACGCAACGUACGAUCUCCACAAGUGCUACCAUAUUGACAUUAUCGGAGUUUAUCCAGUCGAACGAACUGGUCAGUUGUAUCCUCGCUAUGAUCUCUGAAAGCCGCGAUGUUCGAGUGAUUCUAGACGAAUUAUUAGGACCCCAAGGUGCCUUCUUCGAGGUAGAAGCUUCAGCUCGCUACUGUGAACCGAACGAGCAGGUUUCGUUUUGGCAAUUAGCCAAACGCGCGAUGGUUCAGGGGGAUAUUUUGUGUGGAUAUCAAGUUCGCGGUGCGGAAGAAACUGUACUGAACCCGGGAAAUAAGUACCUUCCGCAGACUUGGGAGAAUUUGGACAUGAUAGUGCUCCGAAAUGAGGACGACGGCUUCGCUGCACACGAGUCUUCGUAUGUACCAGUUGUGUCGGAAGACUUUGAGCGUACAACACGAAGUCGUCAGGUGAAGGCGACGUACUCUAGACAAAAGCUUCUGGAUGCUAUUGUGCAAGAGUCCGAUCUGAACAGCUUUAGUGAGGCGGGCAGCGAGACGGAUCGUGCUACUAUUAUGCGAGCGCUCUGCUCUUUCGAUCUUGAACAUGACGAUGACGAUCUCACAGUCUGCAGUGAGAGCAGUAUGGAAGAUGUUUUGUCGACACAACACCAUCAAGUCAGUGUGCGUGCUCUGGUUGCAGCGGCACGGAUUCUAGCCGACGCGUUGGAGAAAGCUGACGCAAACCAAGUAAAGAGUGUUUAA